GGGAGGGGAAAUUCCCCUUGAAAAGGGAUAUUUUUUGGUACAAGACUUGAAUUUUCUAGAGCUAGUGUGUUGCACAAUUAACUGUACAAUUUGGCAACUCUUGGCAGCACUGUUACGUAAAACGCUUUACCGAGCACUGUCAAAAGCAUUUUUCAUUUUUCCGAGCAAAAUGUCUUUCAAUCCUUUCCCUAUUGGCACCCAAUUGCAUGUGGAGACCUGCUUUGGGGAUAUCAUAAUCGGCGAGGUGGUCACCUACGAGCACAGCGUCAAAAUGUUGAUAUUAAGCUCCCCGAAUAAGGACAAUCAGACCAUUGUGAAUUUAGACUUUUGCAAGAACUUAAAAAUAAUAGGCGAGGCCAAGGCAGCAGAUAAGCUGAGCGAGCAGCCCGCUCGCCUCAAUUUGACGCGCUUGGAUCAGCGCCUGCGGCAGACUGUGGAGCAACGUGAGCAUGUGCUGCGCAGCCGCAACGAGCAUGCCACACCACGUGGCAUACAACUGUAUAAUGUGCUCUCCAAGCACUUCGGCAACAGCGAGCUCUCCUGGAAACUGAACGACAUAAUAGUGCUCCAACAGGUGAUUAUUGCGCCGCCCUAUCGCACCUGCGAUAUCAGCAGCAAGCAGCCACUGCCGAAGCUCGUCAGCUACGUGCAACGUCUCGUGGAGAAGUUCAAUGCACAGAACGUGGAGGUGCAGGAGCCGGGGGACAACAAAUAGAGCAGGCAACGACACUGAUAUCAUCGACCGGGACACUUGGCAACGAAAUCAAUCAAAUAUAUGUAUACACAUAAACACAAUUUUUAUAUGCAUAUUUAUAUAUGUAUGUACAUCUGUACAUCUAGUUGCCUGGCAAUUUGUUUGUCAACAAAUAAUAAGAAAACACAUUUCCAAAUAUACAAAAAAUAAGUCUGUAUCGCCAA